AUGGAUUUGUCCAUGCUUUGGUUUUACCAAAAAGGCAUGGCUAAGGAACACAUUAACUUUAAUUCAAGAACUAUUGCAUCUCGCAUUCCUCCAGGAAAUAAAGCCAGUGUCUCACUAGAAAACAAUGUGGGAGUUUGCUAUUGCUGGACCACCAAAGACGGCAUCUCUGCCACAGCAAUAACAGAUAACGAUUAUCCAGAGAAGGCAGCUUUUAUCAUGCUUAACAAUUUAAUAAUGGAUUUCAGAGAGACUUUUUCAGAUCAGCCCUAUAUUUACGAGGAGACCAAAGGAGAUGCCUCAGUGAGGUAUGAAAACCUAGAAAUAUUCCUCAAGAAAUGGCAAGACCCGACUGAAGCUGAUAAGCUUUUGAAAAUUGAAAAGGAAUUGCACGAAGUUAAGGAGAUUAUUCACAAAAAUCUCUCUGAUCUACUGAAGAAAGGAGAGUAACUCGAUGAGUUAAUGGUUAAGUCAAAAGAUCUAAGCAAAGUCUCUGUUGACUUUUAUAAAAAGGCGAAGAAAUAGAAUCAGAAGUGCUGCUAUAUGAACUGA